AUGAGCAAGCCCACAGCAGUGCAAGUCCCAGAGUUGGAGAGGACCACGUACUCGAGGUUUAAGAGCUCCAUUAUGCGGAAGCUGGCGACCAGGGUGCCGGUGGCCAGCAGCCCUAUCGUCACAAGAUGGCAGCAGCUGCACGCGAGAGGCAGAGCAGGGAAGCCGCGGAGGAGCCGCCGUCUCUGUGCCUGCGGGGAGCCCCAGCCCAUCAGCGCACCUGGGAAGGCUCCAGUGACAUCUCAGAUGCCUAAGAAGUUCUCCUUUACAAAAACAGUUGUGACUCUACCUAGCAGUCAUGCUACAGCAGGCUUGGAAGGAAGGAAUAACAGGAGAGCUGAAAUGGAAAAGAAACAGAAAUGUUCUUCUCAUCUUCCACUAGUCCAGGAGGUUGGAUUUAGCAUUGCAGAAAGUGGUGAUGUGAAGGUCUGUGAAAAUACCAAUUGCGCCUGGAAAGGGUGCCAAAAGGGGACCCAGAAUGAGUUUAGAGCUGUAACCAUCAUGAAGGCUUCCGUACCAUUGGAGCCAGAAUUGAGGUUUCAUAUUGCUGGCUUGCGCAAUGAUUACU